AUGCGGAAAAAACUGAGAAGAUUAAAGAGACCAGCGGCCGAGGAAGAGCUUCCUGCCGCCAUAGAAAUUCAGAUACAGGUUGAGGAGAAAGAAAAUGGAACCUCCACUCGAAGAAGGGCAAAAAAUCGCUCUCGGCGAGACAAAAUAUUCAUUCGAGUCGAUGUAUUAUGUGUCGCGGUCAGAAAAGAUACGGAGGACCUAACCGCGAGAAAUUCUGAAGACGAAUCUGAGGAGAGAUCAGACAUUUCUUCGUCAAAUGCCUCGAAUACUGACGAGGAAGUGAGAAGGAAUGAGAAAGCAGAGAAGGUUAUAGAUAAGAUCAAAAAAGAUGAAGGCACGAAGAGUCUCAGCAAGGAGGCUCGAGAAAGUCUUUGUCUGAGAGCAGAGCCGGCAGAUUCGGCUGAUGUCGCCCUACAUCCAAUACUAGUCAAGGAAUGGAUAAACUUGAUUCAUAAAGGCCUUUAUGAGGGGGAGGAAGAGGACGAAAAGAAGCGGGGAAAAGAGGAAAACAAACAACGCGAGGUGAUUAUGAACAAAUUCCUUAGGAAGGAAGCCCUGUUUGUCGAGGCACCAAAACUUAACCUUGAAAUUUUGGCCUUCAUGUCGGGAAAAAACAAAGGUAAACAUUUUGUCACAGUACAAAAUGCGUUAGACUCAGCGAUGGUAGUGGUGACCAAGAGCAUUUCCCUAAUCCUAGAACUAGAAGAAGGUGAAAUUUCUAGUAAAUUACUACAGAAUUUGGGGAAUGCCGGAAAGUUAAUGGCAGGAUUACAUUAUUAAAAUUCAGUAAUGAGAAGAGCCUUUGUUAUUCCUAGUAUUGAUGAGAAAUACAGAGACUUAUUUAAAAAAUCGGACAUAACGUCUGAUCUUUUUGGCAAAGACUUAUUUAAACGCCUAAAAUAUACAAAGUCUCUGAAUAAAAUAGUGGAAGAACUCACUCCACAUCAACAAAAACCGUUAAAGAUGCAAAACCAUGGACCAUGGAAAUCGAAAAAGCCUGCCAAGGAAAUCCAGGGCCCGCAACAGGCUCAAAAAUCAAAACAGCUUCAAAGGUCUCUCCAGUAUAAGGAUCGCCAGAAAAACUUUUCUUGGAACAACAAGAAUGAAAUCGAGCCACUACAGACAGACUAA